AUGCCUCGCCAUUCGUCGACUACUGUCGACACCGCUGUAGCUGAGCAACUCAAGGCAUUUAACGACAAUGUUACGAAGCGAGCCGAGGAAAUUGUAUUCAAGGUGUUUCCACAAAAGAUCUUGACCCUCAAUCAAAAAAUAGAGCAAUGUUCCAGUAAUGACUCGCCUCUACAUGUUGCCAGCACCGAUGGCACCACCGAUACCACUGUCUAUUCGCCGCCAACCGAACCCGAGCCGCCGACGAAGAAACGUCGGCAUGAGAAUGGCGACUCUGUAACCAUGGGUAGUGUUGUCGAGCUGCGGGCCCUACACGAUGACUUGAAGAAUGAGUACAUGGAACUGGUCAAUCUCUGUGAUAAAGUUAAACUUUGGGUGAACCUUACGAUGCCAAAAAUCGAGGACGGCGACAACUUUGGCGUACAAAUCCAAGAGGAGGUCCUCAACGAGCUCCAUCGUGCUCAAGACUCAGGAUAUAACCUGCGAGACGCGGUUUCCAAGUCGCAUCAUAUCAACCGGGCGAAAAUAUGCUCCAAGAUUCUGAAAUACCCUCAUGUCGAAGACUAUGCCAUCGCUCUCCAAGAGCACGAUGAGAAACAAUUCUACAUGGCCCUUAGAAAUUUGAUAGACUUAAGAAACAUCUACGCUGUCUUGACUGACGUUAUUCACAAGAAUUUUCAAAAGAUCCGCGCGCCGAAGGGCAACAAUGGUGCUGCUAUGUACUGA